CGGGCCCUGUGACGUAUCCGGUUGGGGGCGGAGCUUCGCCGGCACUCAUGCAGUCUACCUGCUGAUGGGACGCUCCAGUCAGCGGCUCCACAUCAGCUGGCACGCUCUGGUGGAGCGGCCUGGUUCGGACUUGGUUCGGUGUUAUUUGCGGCUUUUUGGAAAGUUAGCGACGCACUUUAAAGAAGUUCCGAGCGCUCGCGGAGGAAUGCUCUCUGACAACAACCAGUGAGCCGCGGAGAAACCAGCAUGGAGGACCCGACCUCUGCCGGCCGGUCCCCGGCUGCCGGCGCGUCUCCGAGCCCGGUGAAGAAACAAGCCGUGAAGAGGCACCACCACAAACACAACCUGAAGCACCGGUACGAGUUCCUGGAGACGCUGGGCAAAGGCACCUACGGAAAAGUCAAGAAAGCCAAGGAGAGAUGCGGCCGGCUGGUUGCUGUGAAAUCCAUCAGGAAGGAAAAGAUCAAAGAUGAGCAGGAUCUGGUCCACAUCCGCAGAGAAAUCGAGAUCAUGUCCUCCAUGUGUCACCCCCACAUCAUCAGCAUCUAUGAAGUGUUUGAAAACAAAGACAAAAUAGUGAUUGUGAUGGAGUACGCCAGCCGAGGAGAUCUGUACGACUACAUCUGUGACAAGAGGAAACUCUCUGAACGAGAGGCCCGGCACUUCUUCAGGCAGAUCGUUUCGGCUGUUCACUACUGCCAUCAGAAUGGAAUAGUCCACAGAGACCUGAAACUGGAGAAUAUUUUGCUAGACGACAACGGAAAUGUGAAGAUUGCAGACUUCGGUCUGUCAAAUCUCUUCCACGGCGACGAGUUUCUUCAGACGUUUUGCGGGAGUCCUCUGUACGCCUCCCCAGAGAUCGUCAAUGGACGGCCGUACCGCGGGCCAGAGGUGGACACCUGGUCGCUCGGCGUGCUUCUGUACACAUUGGUUCAUGGAAACAUGCCUUUCGAUGGAAACAACCACAAGACUCUGGUCCAGCAGAUCAGCACUGGAAACUACCGGAAACCCACCAACCCCUCAGAUGCUUGCGGACUCAUCCGUUGGAUGUUAAUGGUGAACCCUGAGCGCAGAGCCACAAUAGAAGAAGUUGCUGGUCACUGGUGGCUCAACUGGGGCUACCAGCAGCCGUUACUGUGUGAAAGAAAGAAUGGCGCGGUUGAUCAGACUGUCACGCCAGCGCCCCCUUCAACACCACAUUCCACAGGGCUGACUAGCGUUGCUACGUGGCUGCGACGCACUUCUCGACCUUUACUGGAGAAUGGUUCCAAGAUGCGCUGUCUGCUUCGCUCGCAGGCCGGCGGCGGGGAUGUGGUCCGACAGAGAUCCCUGCGAAGGUCCCGCAAGGAGAAUAAUGUCUCCCAGACAGUGCAUGAUGGAAACUCAGACUCCAGGCCCUGCAAGGGCAUCCUGAAGAGACGAAACAGCAUCAAACAGAAGGCAGUGAGUGAAAUCACUCUACUGGAGCCGCAGAGCAUUUUGGGUGCCUCCGCUCAGGGUCACGGCCCUCCAGCAGCAUUGUUGCCUCGUAAAGGUAUUCUGAAGAAGUCUGCAGAGCAGGAGUCGGGGUAUUACUCCUCUUCCCCUGAAAGCAGUGAUUCUGGCUUGAUACUACAAACUAAACAGUGUCCUUCAGCACCAACUCACAGAAAGGGCAUCCUAAAGCGUAACGGGAAGUUCUCUUCUGGUGGCUUUCAAGAGUUUGGCUCUCUAGAUCAACUGGCGGCUUCUUUACCCCGACGAGGCCCGAGGUCCCGACCAAGCAUGGCCAUCAGCGACGACAGCAUUCUGUCUUCUGAGUCCUUUGACCAACUUGAUCUACCUGACCCGGUGGGCCCCCCGACGGAAAUGAACAGGUCAGCCAAGGCAGCCAUGAGGGGCUGCGUCUCUGCAGACAACCUGCUGGACAUGGCUGAGAGUGGGAUUGUUGCCGACGGCUUGAUGAGGCCAUGGGACUGCUACGAAUCCGGAGUGGCCGACAGUGCCUUUUCUAUCACUGACUGUGAUAAUGUCACAGAGGCUUACAAACAGGCCAUGGUCAUACGGGGACCUGCAGCCAGCUGAGCCAACGUCACAACUGGACUUUCUUUUAGACCAAAAACGGGACAAGGCGUAACCUGAAAUGCCAGUUCCUUGGAAAACCUAAGGAAGUGCAUAACACCAAAAAGAAGGGAGUUCCUGCGAUUGUAUUUUAAUUACUGUUUAGGGAGACUAAUUAGUGAUAAAACCCUUUAAUUUCAUUUUCAGUUUGAGAUUUUCUUCCCUGGUGUGUAUUUCAUCAUUUCCUCUAAGCACCAGCAGUCAGUAAAAACCAUUUGAAAGUGGCUAUUUCUGUAUUUUCUCUUAGCAGUUUUUACUUAGAUUUUGGGGAAUUUGGGAAUUUUAUAAACCAAAGGUAAAACUUUGUGAAAGUGCCACGUUAAUAUGUGUUGGUAACUGGAACCUCAGCUCUUAAGAGCUUUCACUUAAUUUAUUUCCUGAAAUGACUUGCUUCCAUGUUGGAGAAUGACUUGAAUUAUAAUAAAUGGUGACAGACUCGACGAGUCAAACCUGCUUUUGCUUUCAGGCCUACGCUGAUUACAAAAGUACACCACCUCAGGCCACCCACUCUGUUUUCAGUUAGCAGGUUUACAAAAAAGGAGUGGUGCUUAUGGAGUGUCAUUCUUAGGGAAACUGAAACAUGCCCUGACUAAUGUCUGUGUUUGACAGUUUGUUUUUGAAAUGACUGAGAUUUAAAACUGAAUCACGAAGUCCAGACGAUUGAUUGAUUUUAGGGCCUAGUUGGUUCGUGUUGAUGUCAGUCAGAAGGUAAGGAGGGCAUGAGGUAAGCGUGCAGACGAUCUGUGUGCAUGACCACAUAUUGACAGAACACCAAAUGUAUGCUGAGGAAACUAGAAUGAGUGUUGAAAUAAAAUUUCAGGUGGAGUUCA